AUGGCCUCCAACAUAUCCUCCCAAGGCGCAAGGGCUAUUCAUUCAGCGGCGACUUCUUCAAUGCCGUUUCUGUACCAGACCAGGACACUGUGCAGCAGCAGGAAGCCAAUGCGACAACCAGCACUAAGGCUGAUGCUUUGUCGCCCAAGUCGAUCCCAGUUAUUCCAUAGCUACGCUAGCUCUUGUAUAAGGGUCAGCAGGACCCUCUGGAGCGAUAAAGAGGACCCUGACACGGCCACGCCUUCGAACACGCAGGCUCCCAUAUCAGAAGACAGACCUCUGAUUAGGAGAUACAUUGUAGACCGCAAGUCCAACAAAGUAGAGGAAGAGGAGGAUCUUCCAUGGGACUCGCCAUCGUUUGGUCGAUCAACGGAUAAAGUGACAACCGAUCCAGUGUCUGAGGCCGAUGAUAUCCAGUUCGACAUGGCCACGUUCUACGACCCAUUCGCAGAAGAAGAAGACAUGUUCUCGGAAUACGAGGGCGAACCCGACUUCACUAUCCCGUCAUCAAGGAGGCCGGGAGAGUCUACGAUAACACUAGAAGAACGAGACACCUUCCAGCGCAUCUUUUCCGACAUCUACGCUCGUUCGCAGAGUACCAGACCUCAGGAACAAUCGCUGGUCGACCUGUCUGAGGUCAACAAAGAGAAUGCAAGAGAGAAACUCCACUCGAUCAUGGAAGAAGCUGUACGCCUUCCACAAAACACCCUCUUCACAAGCCAGCCCCGCGAGAAGAACCUCGAUACAUUGAAGCAGUACCCCAUAGCCCUCCGAGCCGUUGCCGCACGAGCGCUUGGCUUGGAAGGAAAGCCGUCUCGGACAAGCGAACGCCCUCAAGAAAAACCGGUCGACAAGUACAAGGAGUUCCGACAACAGGAGCAAGAAAGAGUAGAAGCCGCAAUGCGCGCUGCGCCAACGGAUAUAGCUCUUUGGGCGAUCAUGGAAAAGGAGGUCUUCAGUCUCAUUCCACGGCUCGGGCUCGAGGAAAGGAAGGCCCCAGCAGCGCCGCGUCCUAAGAAGAAGGGUGGCAAAUCUUCCAAGAAGGCGGUAGAGACAGCGGCAGGGAAAUUGACGGGUGUGACGCCAGCGCCCGAGCCACUGGAUAUAAAUCUCUAUUUCCCGUUGUACGCCUCAUACCUUCUCUACGGAUUACGUCUCCUGCACCACUCGUUCGCGAAACAUUCGCCUCUAGCAUGUAACGUGCUACCCCGAAUCAAAUCUCUAGGUCUCGUCUCCCACGUUCUCGGUGGAACGACGGCAUUAUACAAUGAGCUGCUACGGAUCUAUUGGUUCCAGUACGACGACUUUAGCGGUGUCAUCAGACUGCUUGAGGAGAUGGAGGAGUCCGGGUUAGAGCUUGAUGAGGAGACGCUGGAUGUUGUCACUGAUAUCCAGCAGAUGCAGGCUAGGUAUUUGUUUUCGAGGGAACAGAAGGCGCAGAGGACACCGAUUCAUUUGCUGUGGACGAUGAAUGAGUUUGCGCCGGGGCGGUUCAAGUCGUGGCAGAUUAGGAUUAGGGAUACGCUUGAGAGAGAGGAAUAG